UCGGCUUCUGCUUGCGGGCCUUUCAAACAUGGAGGAGAGCGAGUGGGGGGCGAGGUCGGCUCGCGCCGGCAGCCCAGCCAGCCCGCCCAGCCCGCGGCUGGACGUCAGCUCCUACAGCUUCGACCCGCUGCUGGCCUUGUACGCACCUCGCCUGCCGCCCAUUCCCUACCCCAACGCGCCCUGCUUCAACAACGUGGCGGAGUACGAGAGCUUCCUGAAGGGCGGGCGCACCGGGCGCGGUCGGGCUCGGGGCACCGGGGAGCCAGCCUCGGCGGGAACCUCCACCGGAACCUCCACGGGAGCCGGGAGCUCGUCCAGGGCCCGUCGCCGCGCCGCGCCCACCCCGGAUCCCGAGCGCAUCCAGCGCCUGCGCCGGCUCAUGGUGGUCAAGGAGGACACGGACGGCACGGCCGGAGCGCGACGCCAGGGCCCGGGGCGCAGCAAGAAGGCACCCCGCAAUGUGCUUACGCGGAUGCCUUUGCAUGAAGGUAGCCCUCUGGGUGAACUGCACCGCUGCAUCCGAGAGGGAGUCAAGGUGAACGUUCACAUCCGCACCUUCAAGGGACUCCGAGGUGUCUGCACUGGCUUCCUCGUUGCCUUCGACAAGUUCUGGAAUAUGGCCCUCACUGACGUGGAUGAGACCUACCGUAAACCUGUCUUAGGAAAAGCUUACGAACGGGAUUCUUCGCUAACUCUCACUAGGCUCUUUGAUCGGCUGAAACUUCAAGAUUCCUCCAAAAAGGAAGCGGAUUCCAAAUCUGCAGUUGAGGACUCCACCCUGUCUCGAUACUCCCAGACAUCUACUUGGAAGGUGGCUUCGGUAUGGGGACGAGGGGACACCGACCGGAGCUCACACAGGCGCUCCCGCUCCGUCCCUUCUUCCCUGCAGGCAUCUGCAAGGGAGGAGUCCAGGUCUGAGCUGUCAGGGAGGACUACACGGACAGAAGGGUCCAGUGUGGGAGGUACCUUCUCCAGGGCCACCACCCUUUCACGGGGCCAGUCCCGUAAGAAAAAGCGAAAGCCCAAGGUGGAUUACCAGCAGCCUGCUGUUGGUACCCUGUUCACCUGUGUCUUUCUUACCCAGGAGGCUUCUCUCAGUGGUUGGAAGUAAAACCAUCUCAACGGGCCUGUACAGGAAAGGCUGUUAAUUUAAGUCUGCCGUUACUUUCUGGCAAAUUUAACAUAAGCCUUGGGCACCUGUCACAAUUUUCUAAAGAUGGUUUGGGCUUCCUUACCUCCCAGUGUGAAGUGUUUCAAAUGUCUGUCAAUUCUCUUGCACGGUCCUAAUAAAAGUGAAAGCCCUCUGUCAUGAAACAACAUGGGUGGUCCAAAGAUCAGGGGCAAGAAAACUCGGCACACCUGGGACCCUUGGGGCCUUUAAGCAGCGGUGUCCAGGCUCCCUGAGAACACCGGCUGCAAACCCGGGCAUCCCCGGGAAAGCUGGGAGUUUGGUUCCUGGCACAUUGCAUUCAUUUGAAAUCAAGUGAGUCCUUGGGAGCAAAUGCCUGAUGUUGUAUUUUCACAACUAUGAGGAAAUGUCUCGGAACUCCUAGGGGUAGGCGAUUGACUGCCUGAUUUUAGAGUAUUGAGCCAGGCCCCUUCUUUUGUUUUUCUGGCAGGAAAGCAAGCCAGUGAGCCAUGCUCUAAAACACUCACACCUGUAAUCCCAGUCCUUAGGAGACUGAGGCAGGAGGAUCCCUGUGAGUUCCGGGCCAGUCUAAGCUGCAGAGGGAAAGUGUCUCAAAAAAACAAAAACAAACAAACAACAACAACAACAAAAAAACCCUAAAAUGACAGCAACCAAAAGUAAUUUGCUUAUUCAGUACAGGCAUGGAAAGAGUGUGGCCACCAUGUCCCCUCUGCACCGUGACCUGGUGAUGGUUUUAUGGACAGGGCUGAAGCUGGAUGACAUGACUAGGAACGCUCAUACAGCGACUGACAUAAGAACCCCUGACCGACCUCAUCUUGUUAAGUUAACGGAGACCCUUCUUGUUGAAGGGGCCUGCUGCUAGUAACCUUUGCAAUGUUCUGCUUUUAAUAUGUGUCAAA